AUGCAAAUAUUCACCAAGUUUGAAUCCAAGUCAUCAAGAGUAAAAGGAGUGGCUUUUCACCCUAAACGACCAUGGAUUCUUACAUCAUUACAUAACGGAACUAUUCAAUUAUGGGAUUAUCGUAUGGGAACAUUGAUUGACAGAUUUGAUGAACAUGAUGGUCCAGUUCGAGGAAUUUCAUUUCAUUCCACACAGCCUCUAUUUGUUUCAGGGGGAGAUGAUUAUAAAAUCCGUGUCUGGAAUUAUAAGUCAAGAAAACUUUUUUUUACACUGAAUGGACAUUUGGAUUAUGUCCGGACAGUCUUUUUUCACCAUGAAUAUCCGUGGAUUCUUUCAUCUUCCGAUGAUCAAACAGUUCGUAUAUGGAAUUGGCAAUCUAGAAAUUCAAUUGCUAUUCUUACGGGUCAUAAUCAUUAUGUUAUGUGUGCACAAUUCCAUCCAAAAGAAGAUUUUGUUGUUUCAGCUUCUCUAGAUCAAACAAUUCGUGUAUGGGAUAUUUCUGGACUUCAUAAAAAAAAUACAAUUAUAAAUUUUGAAAAUCAAUCGAAUAAGUCACACAAUCAAUCUUCAGACAUUUUUGGAAAUAAUGCAGUGGUUGUUAAAUAUGUUCUUGAAGGUCACGAUCGUGGCGUUAACUGGGUUUGUUUUCAUCCGACAUUACCUCUUAUUGUUUCUGCAGGUGAUGACCGCUUAAUUAAACUUUGGCGCAUGAGUGAUACAAAAGCAUGGGAAGUAGAUACAUGUCGAGGACAUUUUAAUAAUGUAUCGUCUGUUAUAUUUCAUCCUCAUCAAGAUCUUAUUCUUUCUGUUGGAGAAGAUAAAUCAAUACGUAUUUGGGAUCUUAACAAACGUACUAGUUUGCAUUCAUUUCGACGUGAUAAUGAUAGGUUCUGGAUUAUUGCAGCACAUCCUGAAAUCAAUCUUUUUGUCGCAGGCCAUGAUAAUGGUGUUAUGAUUUUUAAACUAGAACGGGAAAGACCAGCAUAUACUAUUUAUCAAAAUACUCUUUUCUUUAUAAAUAAAGAAAAAUAUAUAUGCUCAUAUGAUUUAAAACAAAAUGCCGGUGAGUCUUCUAUUAUUUCUUUCCAAAAACUUGGUAGUCGUUGGAAAAAACCACGUACUAUAUCAUAUAAUCCAGCCCAAAGGAUGAUUUUAGCAUGCUCACCAGUCGACAACGGUAGUUAUGAAAUUUUUCAUUUAAAAUCAAAUGAAACGAACUCCUUGAAUUUCACAGGGACUAAAAAAGACUCAUCGUUUACAUCAGAAGAUGAAAAUUCUGAAAAAUUAUCUGGUUCAGCCUCCUCAGCAAUUUUUAUAAGUCGCAAUAGAUUUGCUAUUUUCGAUAAAUCGCGACAAACCAUUGAAAUUAAAGAUCUAUUAAAUACUACUAUAAAAACUAUACAACUAUUAGUCAUUAUCGAUGACAUUUUCCCAGCAGGAAAUAGAAAUAUUAUUAUUUCCUCAUCUUCAUCGGUUAUUUUAUAUGAUAUUCAGCAAAAAAGUAUUAUUACUCAGCUUUCUAUUCCUCAAGUAAAAUAUGUUGUCUGGUCAAGUGAUGGAGAGCAUGUCGCUCUUCUUGGAAAACAUACAAUAACCAUAGCGACAAAAUUAUUGAAGCAAGUAUGUUCUUUACAUGAAACAAUGCGCAUUAAAAGUGCAUGUUGGAAUGAUUCAAGUGUUUUAAUAUAUUCUACUCUUAAUCAUAUUAAAUAUGCUCUUUUAAAUGGUGAUAAUGGCAUUAUUCGUACAAUAAACCAUCCCAUAUAUCUCGUACAAGUAAAAGAUAAAACUGUCUGUUCUCUUGAUUGUGAUUCAAAACUGGACUUUGUAAAUAUUGACACAACUGAAUAUCAUUUCAAACUUUCAUUAAUAAAUAAAAGUUAUAAUGAAAUGCUACACAUUAUUCGAACAUCGAAUCUAGUAGGGCAAAGCAUUAUCAAUUAUGUUCAGGAGAAAGGAUAUCCAGAGAUUGCUUUACAAUUUGUUCAAGACCCACAAACUCGAUUUGAACUUUCUCUAAAGUGUACUAAUAUCAAGCUUGCAUUAAAUAUAGCUAAAAAAAUCGAUAAACCUGAAGUGUGGACUUCACUUGCUACUGAGGCACUGCUUCAAGGAAAUCACCAAAUUGCAGAAAUAUCAUAUCAAAAGCUUAAAAACUUUAGUAAACUUUCCAUGUUAUAUCUUAUAACGGGAAAUACAGCUAAAAUGGAGAAAAUGCUAAAAAUCGCUAAAAAUAGAGGAGAUUAUACAAAUCGAUUUCAUAAUACUCUCUUUUUAGGAGAUGUAGAAUCUCGUAUACAAAUGUUUAAAGAGAUUGAUCAAUAUGCAUUAGCAUAUGCUACUGCUAAAACAUAUGGACUUAUGGACCAUUGUAGUUCUAUUUUAAAAGAAGCAGGUGUUUUAGAAAGUGAUAUUAAGAUUCCAUCUGGAAUAGCUUUAUUACCUCCAAAACCUUUAUAUAAUACAUUUGAAGCAAACUGGCCUUUAAAACCUAUGACACAAACCUGGAUUGAAAAAGCCUUGUUUAAUCAACUCGAUUUAAUGACAAUAGAAGAUGAAUAUUCUCAAUACGAUAAUGUCGAUACUGCAACUAAUCUAAAUAAGUCUAAUGUAGAACAAAAUCAAAAGAAUACUGUAACUGAAGAUUUAGAUGAGGGAUGGAACAUAGAUGAUGAUAUAGUUUCAAAUGCAGACAUUCAAAUUAGUGAAGAUAUUAAAACUGAAAUAGACAUUUCUUCUGGAAUUAAAGAAACUGAUCUUUGGAUUAGAAACUCUCCUCUUGCCGCAGAUCAUAUUGCAGCAGGAUCUUUUGAAACCGCAAUACAACUACUUAACCGACAAAUUGCAGCUGUUAAUCUUAAACCCCUUAAACCAAAAUUCAUGAUGAUUUUUCAAGUAUCAAGAGUAUUUUUGCUUGCAUCACCAUCCUUACCAUCCCUUUAUUAUUACCUUCGACGAACAAAAGAAACAGAUUCAAAAAAGCCGCUUCCAUAUAUUCCACUGAAUCUAAAUAUGACUCGGAAACUUCUUGAAAACGCAUAUCAGUUCGUUAAAGCUAAUAAAUUACCAGAAGCUAUCAAUAUUUUUCGUGAUAUAUUAUAUAAUCUUUUGUUGACAGUUAUUUCUACAGAAUCUGAAGAAGAGGAGAUAACUCAACUAAUUGAAAUGAGUCAACAAUAUAUUGUCGGUUUGUCUAUGGAGUUAAAAAGAAGAGAACUUCCUGCAGAAUCCGUAGAACUUAAUCUUGAGCUGGCAGUCUAUUUCACUCACAUUGCACUCCAGCCAUCUCAUAAGCAACUUGCAUUACGACAAGCCAUGAAUUUAUUAUAUAAAAACAAAAAUCUAUACAGUGCAUCUCAUUUUGCAACCCGAUUACUAGAACUCAACCCGUCUAGCCAAAUUGUAGAACAGGCACAAAAGAUUCUUGCAAUUGGAGACAGAAGCCCCAAAGAUGCCAUAAAAAUAAACUAUGACCCAUUUACUGAUUUUGAUAUAUGUGCGAAAUCAUACACUCCUAUAUAUAAGGGAAAUCUUAAGGAAAUAUGUCCAUUUUGUGGAGCAAAAUAUCUAUUAAAAUAUAAAAAGACUCUCUGCGUAAUUUGCAAAAUAUCAAGCAUAGGUGCAUCUGCUACAGGACGAAGAAACAGAAUAUCUACAAAAUAG